GCGACCACACGAGGCGGGCGGACGGGCGGAGCCGGGCGGGCCUCCCGGAGAGGUUGCUGCUGGUGGCCCGUCGGUCGGUGGGUGGUGAGGGGGGGGGGGACCGGAUGGGAGCGGCGGCACCAUGGCGCAGCCGGGCGGUGUGAGAGGCCGAGUGUCGGCCGACAGGCUGCGCUCCUGGUGGGAGGUGCCGGCCAUCGCGCACUUCUGCUCCUUGUUCCGGGCCGCCUUCGCGCUGCCCGACUUCGAGAUCGAGGAGUUGGAAGAUGCUUUGCUGGUUGAUAACUGGGACUUCUUGGAGGACUUGGUUUCUAAACUUCUUCGAGGAUGUUACCAACGCAAAGAUAUUAGCAUAGAGAAUUUCCACAUGUAUCUUGAAGACAUCAUACGACAUCGAUGGGAACUCGAAGAGGGGAAGGAAAACCCACUGCAGGGAAUACACUUUAGGGCUCUUUCUUCCAGGACAAUUGUAGAAAUUUUGCACAGACUCUGUGAUUACCGUUUGGACGCCACAGAUGUAUUUGACCUUCUAAAGGGUCUUGAAGCAGAUAGCUUAAGAGUAGAGGCCCUCGGAGAGGACAACACUGGGGCUCGAUACUGGUAUUUCUAUGGCACCAGGCUGUACAAAGAGCUGCCUCCACCAGCACCGCCAAAGGAGGAACCAAAAUAUAAAACAUCAAAGAAUGAUAAUAAGAAAGGAAAGAAAUUCAAGGAAGAACAAAAAAUGAGAAAUUCCAGACUACUACAUAAAAAUAUAACAGCAAAAACUGAAAAUGAGAAGCUAAAGAAAAAAUGGAAACUUCGUUAUAGUUUAUCAAAAUCAAGUAGGUUUGAGAGAGUUGAAAAGGGAAGUGGACUGCUUGAUGAAACUUCUGAUGAAGAAGCAAAUGUGCAGAAGGAAAAUGAUGCCAUUGGAUGUAAUGUUUCUUCAGUAAUGCACGUAGAAGAAAGGAGUACAUGGAGUCUUGUAUGUCACACUUUAGAAGAAUGGAAACAUCUGGCUGAGUCUUUUAGAGAGAGUCAGUGUGCAAAAGAAAAGAAGCUGUACAAAAUUUUGACUGAGAACUUCAUCCCUGAGAUCAGCAAUCUACUUGUACAGAAGGAGAAACAACUGCAGAAGAAGUUUGCAGAAAUUCUUCCUCGUAGGGCUUCAGAUCGUCUCCUUGUGAAACGUACUCAGCAGGAGGAAUUGGUUUCUUCCCUGUUGAAGGAAAGGCAGGCUGUAUAUGGUAGACUGGGAGAUAACAGAAUGAAAGAUGAGUACUACUAUGCAGCCCAGAGGCUGUUCACACCACAGGAAAUUAAACAAAUUGAGGAAGAAGGAAGAGUUCUUGCACGUGAAGAACGAGCAAGGCGUCGACAAAUGCGAGAAGAGAAAUCGAUGCUGAUGUCCAAUGUCAAAAGUGCCCUGAAAAGAAAGCAAAAUGCAACACCGCAUUCUCCAGUCAAAUCUGAAGAACCUGAGAAGAAAAGGCCUGAAGUGCAUUAUACAGAUGAUGAACAGUAUGUUUCUAUGUAUAAAGUACUAGAUGCUGUAAAAGUUCACAAGGAUUCCUGGCCAUUUAAUGAACCGGUGGAUGAAUCCUAUGCUCCGGAUUACCACAAAAUUAUUGAGGAACCGAUGGAUCUGUCAACUAUUGAGAAAAAGCUAAGCGAGAAAAAGUACAACAGCAAAUGGGCCUUUGUAUCUGACUUUAGGCUCAUGUUUGAGAACUGUGAGCAAUACAAUGGAAAAGGAAAUGAAUAUACCCUGAUGGCCCGAGCUGUAGAGAAGUGCUUCAACAAAGCAAUGAUCAAGUACUUUCCAAAGGACGAAGUGGACAGUGAUGAUGAGUUCUCAGCUAAGGUGAUGUGUGGAAAGAAAGACAAGCACAAGAGCAAACCAAGCCAUUUAGCUAAGGAUGAAACCAAGACUCUAACCGAAACAACUGAUGAUGGGCUUGGAGCACCAAAGGUCAAUGGUUUCGUGAACAGUAGUCCAGCCAGUGACAUUCCGCAAGUAACUGCUGAACCCAAGGAAGAGGGAAAUUCUCAACAACCGAUGCUUGUCCCAGUUCAAAAGCAAACCACAGAGCAACAUCCGGUCAGUGGUUCAGUCACAAGUUCUGAUGUUGUUCCUCAGCUUCCAGCUCCUGGUGCAUCAGGGCGGAUCGUUAUGGAACCGAUACGCAAAAGGUUUCAGCAGCAAUACCGGAUGCAGCAACUAAUGUUGAUGAAUGGAGCAGGGGCCUCUGAUUCAGCUGGUUCCAAUUCGGCAAGUUUACAGACACCCAGCCUUUCAUCUAGUGGUCACGGAAUGGUACCACCCCACACUGAGGUGCCUACCAGCUCUACUGAAGCUCAAGCAGCAAUACACUCCUCCAUAUGUAGACCAAAUAGGCCUCCAAGUCAGGGUUUUUCACAGACUGAGGCAGAAACUCCUAGUUCCCAUUCAACCACAACUAUCCCAUCAACACACGGAACUGGAGGAACAACUGUACUGCCAAUUACAUCAAGUAGAGAUUGCCAUGAACCAAUGGAUUUAAAUCAAACUAGAGAGCCAGAAUGGCCUGAAUAUUUGUACAGUUCCAAUCAACACUCUGAACAUAAACUACCAACAGCAAAAUCUAAUCCUGUAUCAUCUCAGGGAGUGUCAGUGGAACGCACAGAACUUAAUAUGCAGGGUCAUCCGUCGACAUCGAACAAUUCAAUACUUGGAUCUGGAAGUCCUGUCAAAAGAGAGACUCCACCCAACACUUAUGGAAUUUCUGUAAAAUUCAGUGAACCACUCCCAGUUAAACCUCAGAUGCAAACUUCUGUUUUUAACACUCCUUCCUGCAGUCCUCCUGACCAAACUUCUCAAAGACCACCUUUUCAAGGUGCACCGCUAAAACAGGCUGCCUACACUAAUGUGUUUUCUACAGAUCAGCAUCAUCACUUGAAGAACAAGGACCUCAUUUCAAAUGAAGUUAUCCCUCUAAAUACCUCGGCAGCAUCUAACCUACAUUGGCAGGACUCUUUCAUGAAGAGUGCAGAAUUGGAGAGACUUUAUGGAAAUGUAGCAUUUAAAAAGGAACAGAAAAUUUUCAGUAACAGUGCAGCUGGGGAAAAAGACUCCGAAGACAGUAAAUUAAGGGAGGCAUUGAAUUUGGUGCUUUCAAAAGCAGAGGACUCCGAGAAAAGACACACUAACUCUGAUGCACAUAAAGAGUUGGUUAGGACAGAAGCUGAGCUGAAAACUAAUCUCAUCAGUCAGAAAAUGGGGCGACCCAACUUGGCUUCUGACAAAUGUGAAACCGCAUAUCUGCAAAAGGGUUCAACUGUCAGUGGAAAGCGCAGCACAAAAGACCCAAAAUCGAUGGAAAGUCUGAAACUAAAGUUACCAAAUAAUCCAAAAGCUCUUCUGGAUUUGUCUAACGGUGGUGCCGAAAUGGUUGGUGGUGUGCACCACAGGAACCCUGCUGUUGUUGUUGCUCACCCUGAGACGAGGCAUCAGUUUGGACCAGUGCCGGGGUACAUGCACUAUCUGGGAUGUAGUCCUGAGAGCCUGCCACCGGGCCAUUCAUUUGGCCAGCACGCUCCCCCUUUUAUGGUGGUUCACCCAAUGCAGGGUCAACCCUCCCAUUUUUACCAGCAUCCAACACAACAGCAAAUCACCUCUCAGCUGAGUAAUCUUAACUAUCACCCUCAGCAGUCAGUUCACUCCAGUGUAAUGCCUGAGAGAGGUUACCUUUCAGGGCAAUCUAGUUUGUACAGCCAGUCGCCACUCAUCUUCUUAAGAGAAGGCAGUAGGCAAUCGCAUGCUCUUCGGAAGGACAGAACUGAUGCAUUUUCUGACCAACUAAUUCCAGAAAGAAAUCACUGCAAACCUUUGCAAGGAACUUCAGUAAAGAAGCUAAAAACUGAGGCCGACGAGAGGAGAGUUCCAGCUUCCAAUAUGGACAGCAGUAGUGAGAAAGCUACCAAGCACAGCAGGCAGCAAGAGUGUUUAGAUCUCCAUGUCCAAAAUGCAUCUCAAAGGCAACAAGUUAUUCACAUGGCUUCUGCAGCUUAUAAUAGUCAAAUAACGAGUGGAAUUUAUUCGCAUCAAGUUCCACAUCCCGCACUUUAUGCUAAUGCCCCAUCUCAUAAUGUACAGAGGCUUCCUUAUGGCCAGGCGUACAAUCCACAACUACUGCGUGUACAUUCAGUAAUAACUUCAACUUCCAACCACAUGGUACCCCCUCCAGUGAUGAGCCACAGUCCUGUUGGAAUGCAGUUGUUCAGUCAAUCAGAUACGAAGCCUUGUCCCUACCCUGGAACUGUAAUUGUACAGAGACCACAGUUCAAUACAAGUGGAGAUCUCUACAUGAUGAGAAAUCUGCUGCCUGAAUACCCAGUGUUGAAACAGAUGGGGAGAAGGGAUCCUGAUACAAUGCCACAGCCUCAAGAUAAAACAGUGCCGCCUCUUUGUAUGAACCAGCCCUGAACAAAACAUCUUGGCAUUGCAAGUGGAUGUGGCUCAGGAAAGCACUGAAAAUACUAUCGUAGUAUUACAGCUCAAAAACUGUGAAUUGUAGCCAGGGACCAUUUCUGUAGUGGGAGAUAAACUCAGGUUUAUAUAGUGUGAAUAGAGAAUUUUCAAUAAUAAGAAUUUGAAAUAAAGUUAAGUUUAUUACACUUUUAUUUUGACCCGAAACUGUUUUGUAAACUGCCUUAAAGAGACUGUAAAUUGUAUAUAGAAAUUGCAUCACCUUGCUUGCAAACUUCAUAAAAUCAUAAGAGGAAAAACAUAACCAGAACUCGUAAUUUAUAAAUUGUGUACACCGUUUUGGGCGUGGUUUCCAUCUGGGGAAAACACAGUGAAGAUACAAGUAUGUUUAAACACACUGUGGCUUUGGCAAGCAGCUGCUAAACUGUGAAUAUUAGAUUUUCCUUGUGUUUACUUUAGUAUAUGGAUUCAGGAAAGGUUUACAAUUAGUGUUGCAUUCACUGUACUUUAUUACCUUGUCUGUGAAACUGCAUUUGGAAUGCUUUUAUUUGGUAAAGACCUUUUGAAAAGGUGGCCUUUCUCAAUUUGACUAGCUAGGACUAUUAAUUGAUUGUAGAGGUAUAUGAAUUCUAUUUUGUUAUUUAUGUAUUAAAUGUUUUAAAAAAUCUGAGGAGUACACACAGCUAAUGUCAAAAACAUGUUUUGUAAACUUUAGUGUAGAGUACUGCUGCCUAUCUCUGUACCAGCAGCACUGUGUUUAAAUGGCUCUUCUCAGGAAUAAAUCUAUUUGUGUACAA